AUGCUCGAUACUAAUUUCAAGAUCAAAGAUCUAGGAGUUCUAGGAUGUUUUCUUGGCAUUGAGGCAAAGCUGAAUGAUGAUGGUUUAAAUCUUUGCCAGAGGAAGUAUGCUCUCGACAUUCUCAGUGAUGCUGGCUUCAUAGAAUGUAAACCUGCCACCACACCGAUGGUUCCAGGCUCUCAUCUAUCACGUGAAGUUGGCAAGCCUUUGGAGGAUCCAAGUGGCUAUCGUAGGUUGGUUGGAAGGCUCCUGUAUUUGACAACAACCAGACCUGAUAUCGCAUAUGCCAUUCAUCAUCUCAGUCAGUUUGUGAGCAACCCUACGGACAUGCACAUGGUUGCUGCGCAUCGUGUGCUCCGAUAUAUAAAAGGAACUCUUGGACAAGGACUGUUUUAUCCUACAAACAACACACUUAGCCUUAAAGCCUUUUCGGACUCGGACUGGGCGUCAUGCCCUGAAACUCGCAGAUCAUUCACGGGGUUUUGUAUUUUUCUUGGGGAAUCUUUAGUCUCAUAG